AUGCCUUCGCCUAUCCCUCAGCCCCAGGGGCUUCCAAUUCUUGGGAAUAUCUUUGAUAUGAUCCCUGGCAAUACCUGGGCUUCUCUAAAUAAGCUGGCAGCAGAACAUGGAAGUUCUGGUAUCUUCAAAAUCAAGAUUCUCACCAAGCAGCUCGUCUUCAUUACAAACGCAGCUCUACUCGAGGAAAUUUGUGAUGAGAAGCGCUUUCGAAAAUGCGUCACCGGUCCUAUUGUCGAGAUCCGCAGUCUUGCCCACGACAGUCUCUUUACUGCCUUUCACAAUGAGGAAAGUUGGGGCAUCGCGCAUCGUAUCAUGGCUCCUUUCGUUUUGCCCGAUGCCGUCAAGGAGAUGCAUAGGGAUAUACAACUCACAACAGACGACUUAAUCUGGAAAUGGACUUCAACAGACAGCGCCGGGAAACCUGUGGAUGUCUCCAAUGACUUGGAUCGGCUGAACCAUGCUGCCAACAUGAAAUGUUUCUUCAGUCAGCAUGUAGACUGUGUCCUUGGCGAAGAGCCCUCUGUUAUCAAAGCUAUGUUGGAUACAACCUUUGAAGCUGUGCGUCGGCCCACACGACCUAAGCUCCUUACUCGGCUCUUGUACCAGAGUACAUUCGACAAGGAUAUCAAAACUUGUCGCGACUAUUGCGCUCAGAUGAUCGCCAAUCGACGUGCUAAGCCUGUAGUACAGCGAGAUUUGCUGCACGCCCUGCUUCACGAAAAGGACCCGAAGACCGGAGAAUCCCUUCCAGAUAGUCGGGUCAUCGACGAGAUAAUCAACAUUCUCAUCGGCAGUGCCACGACCCCGAACCUCGUUACUUUCACUCUGUACUAUCUUGCCAAAAACCCAGACGAGAUCACCCGUGCCCGUCAGGAAAUUGACACCCUCAUCGGCCCCUCCGGCCAAAUUGAACACUUCCAUCUCUCGCAAUUACCCUACUGUGAAGCAAUCCUCCGUGAAUCCUUCCGUCUCUGCGCCACAGCCCCGGGCUUCAACAUUGAGCCUUUGCCCACUGAUGGUCCUGUCCUACUCGGUGGGGGAAAAUACGAAAUUUCCAAGACCCAGCCCAUUAUUGCAAUCCUGUCCGCUGUCAACCGCGAUCCUGCUGUCUUUGAUGACCCCAAUGCUUUCAAGCCCGAGCGCAUGCUCGGUGAGGCCUUUGACCGGCUCCCAAGCGGUGUGAAGAAAGGGUUUGGCAACGGGAAACGUGUGUGUUACGGUAAGCGAUAUGCUUGGGAAUGGUCCAUGCAUGCACUCAUUCGCAUCAUUAAGGAUGUUGACUUUGAGUUGGCGGAUAAGGACUAUACAUUUGACAUGGAAGGGAAUAAUUUCAAUGGCGCUUUCACUGUCAAGCCAUACGGCAUGUUUAUAAAGACCAAGAAGAGGAACGCCGCCGUUUAA